ACUUAUUCUGGCCUCUUCUGUGUGGUAGUCAAUCCUUACAAGAAACUGCCGAUAUACACGGAGAAAGUCAUCGAACUAUACAAAGGAAAGAAACGGCACGAAGUUCCACCCCACAUAUUUGCUGUGACAGAUGGCGCUUACAGGAGCAUGUUGCAAGAUCGUGAGGACCAAUCCAUUUUGUGCACUGGUGAAUCAGGUGCAGGCAAAACUGAAAAUACUAAAAAAGUUAUUCAGUACUUAGCAUAUGUAGCAUCAUCUAAGCCAAAAUCUUCUAGUACUCAUUCAUAUAAUGUGCCACCUAAUAUAAUUGGUGAAUUAGAGCAGCAACUCCUUCAAGCUAAUCCCAUUCUUGAAGCUUUUGGUAAUGCCAAAACUGUAAAAAAUGAUAACUCAUCUAGAUUUGGGAAAUUCAUAAGAAUAAAUUUUGAUGCUUCUGGUUUCAUUGCGGGAGCUAAUAUUGAAACAUAUCUUCUUGAAAAAUCACGUGCUAUUAGGCAAGCUAAAGAUGAAAGAUCGUUUCAUAUAUUUUAUCAACUGCUGCAAGGAGCUUCUCCAGAACAGCGAAAGGGAUUUCUUUUAGAGGACCCUAAGAAUUACACAUUUUUAACUAAUGGUCACAUAGCAGUUCCUGGCAUAGAUGAGGUACAAGAAUUUCGAAAUACAUGUAAUGCAAUGUCGAUUAUGGGUCUGUCUCAAGAUGACAUGAAUGCAAUAUUUCGUGUUGUAUCGGCUGUUUUAUUGUUUGGAAAUAUAAAAUUCAAACAAGAGCGAAAUUCUGAUCAAGCCACUCUCCCAGAUAAUACAGUAGCUCAGAAAGUCAGCCAUUUGCUAGGUUUGAAUGUCACUGAAAUGACAAAAGCUUUCCUGAAACCUCGUCUGAAGGUUGGCCGAGAUUAUGUCACUAAAGCUCAGACUAAAGAACAGGCUGAAUUUGCAGUUGAAGCAAUCAGUAAGGCUUGUUAUGAAAGAAUGUUCAAAUGGCUGGUGACACGCAUUAACCGGUCUCUUGAUCGUACAAAACGUCAAGGAGCAUCCUUCAUUGGCAUACUUGAUAUUGCUGGAUUUGAAAUAUUUGAGCUUAACUCUUUCGAGCAACUGUGUAUCAAUUAUACGAAUGAAAAAUUGCAACAGUUAUUUAACCAUACAAUGUUCGUGCUUGAGCAAGAAGAAUACCAGAGGGAAGGAAUAGAAUGGAGGUUCAUUGAUUUUGGCCUUGACCUUCAGCCUACUAUUGAUUUAAUAGAAAAGCCUAUGGGAAUUUUAGCAUUACUGGAUGAAGAAUGCUGGUUUCCGAAAGCUACGGAUAGAACUUUUGUUGAUAAACUUGAAACUGCUCAUGCAAUGCAUCCCAAAUUUGUAAAAUCUGAUUUCAGAGGCAAUUGUGAUCUUAGUAUAAUUCAUUAUGCUGGAAAAGUAAAUUAUUUGGCUAAGCAGUGGCUCAUGAAAAAUAUGGAUCCUUUGAAUGACAAUGUUGUAUCUUUAUUGCAAACAUCUCAAGACCCAUUUGUAGUUCAAAUUUGGAAAGAUGCGGAUAUUGUUGGUAUGGGAGUUGCAACUUUAGGAGAUACAACAUUUGGUGCAAGAACAAGGAAAGGAAUGUUCCGAACUGUAAGUCAGCUUUACAAAGAACAGUUAUCAAAACUGAUGGUGACUCUUCGCAAUACAAAUCCUAAUUUUGUGCGAUGUAUUAUUCCUAACCAUGAGAAGAAGGCUGGAAAAAUAGACGCACCAUUAGUUUUAGAUCAAUUAAGGUGUAAUGGUGUUUUGGAAGGCAUCCGUAUAUGUCGACAAGGUUUUCCAAAUCGCAUACUGUUCCAAGAAUUUAGACAGAGGUAUGAAUUAUUGACACCUAAUGUUAUUCCUAAAGGAUUUAUGGAUGGAAAAUUAGCUUGUGAAAAAAUGAUUAAUGCUUUGGAUCUGGAUCCCAACCUGUAUCGAAUUGGCCAAAGCAAAAUUUUCUUCCGUGCUGGUGUUUUAGCACAUUUGGAGGAAGAGAGAGACAUGAAAAUAUCUGAAUUGAUCGUGCAGUUCCAGGCAUGCUGCCGAGGUUUGAUUGCACGCAGAAAUUAUCAAAAAAGGUUACAGCAACUUAGUGCUAUUCGUAUUAUUCAGAGAAAUUGUUCUGCUUAUUUGAAACUGCGUAACUGGCCAUGGUGGAGAUUAUAUACUAAGGUAAAACCAUUAUUGCAAGUUACUAAACAAGAAGAAAAGUUAAUUGAAAAAGAAGAUGAACUGCGGCAAGUGAAAGAAAAAAUGGAGAAAGUGGAGCAGGAAGCAGUUGACCUGGAAAAGAAAUUGCAAAAGGUUGUUGAAGAAAAAAAUACUUUGGCUGAGCAACUUCAGGCUGAAACUGAACUAUGUGCCGAAGCUGAAGAAAUGCGACUAAGGCUAGCUGCACGUAAACAAGAAUUAGAAGAAAUUCUGCAUGAUUUGGAGGCAAGAAUUGAAGAGGAGGAAGAAAGAAAUCAAAACCUGACUGCCGAAAAGAAAAAAUUACAGUUGAACAUUCAAGAUUUAGAAGAACAGUUGGAAGAAGAAGAAGCUGCUCGUCAAAAACUGCAGUUAGAAAAAGUAAAUUUAGAUUCUAAAAUUAAGAAAAUUGAAGAAGAUUAUGCGGUUUUGGAGGACAGUAAUCAAAAGGUCAUAAAAGAGAAAAAGACACUGGAGGAAAGAUUAGGAGAAGUUUCUCAAGCUUUGGCAGAAGAGGAGGAAAAAUCAAAGCAUUUGAGUAAACUAAAAGCCAAACAAGAAGCUACUAUUGUAGAUCUUGAAGAAAGGCAUCGCAAAGAGCAGCAAGCACGGCAAGAAUUGGAAAGGGUUAAAAGGCGUAUUGAAACUGAACUAAAUGAUGUGAAAGAACAAUUAAAUGAAAAGAAAAUUGAAGUAGAAGAAUUGCAUCAACAGUUAGCAAGAAAGGAGGAAGAAUUAAAUCAGUCACUCUUGAGGUGUGAUGAAGAAGCUGCAGGAAAAGCACAAGCUCUGAAAAGUUUACGAGAAAUAGAAAGUCAGCUUUCUGAGCUUCAAGAAGAUUUAGAUUCUGAACGACAGACUCGAGCGAAAGUGGAGAAACAGAAGAGAGAUUUAAAUGAAGAACUGGAGGCACUUAGAAAUGAACUUCUCGAUUCUGCAGAAAAUACCCAUGCACAGGAAGAUUUGAGAACAAAGAGAGAGCAAGAAUUAGCUAUGCUAAAAAAGACGCUUGAAGAGGAAACUCAAUCGCAUGAAGCCCAGAUUGCUGAUUUAAGACAGAAACAUAACCUUGCAAUAGAAAAUCUUAAUGAACAACUUGAUAUAGUGAAGAAGGCUAAAGGAUCACUUGAGAAAGCUAAAGCCCAUCUGGAAGCAGAAAAGGCAGAGCUAACAAAUGAAGUGAAUGCUUUGUCAGCUGCUAGACAAGAUUCUGAAAGAAAGAGGAAGCAGUUAGAAUUGCAAUUACAAGAAUUGGGAGCAAAAUUAUCGGAUGCUGAAAAAAGCAGAGCCGAUAAUAUUGAAAAAGUCCAAAAACUUCAGACUGAAUUGGAUUCAGUUUCAGCUCAAUUAGAAGAGCUUGACACAAAAGCAACUGCUGCUACAAAGCAAGCUGCAGUUUUAGAAGGUCAGUUAGCAGAGGCACAAGAUCUUCUUCAAGAAGAAACACGACAAAAGCUUGCACUAAAUUCUCGUUUGAGGCAGCUUGAAAAUGAGAAGGAGAACCUCCAAGAACAGCUCGAUGAGGAAGAAGAAGCUAAGAAGAAUUUAGAAAAACAAGUAUCCCUCCUUAAUGUGCAGUUGCAAGAACUAAAGAAACGAGCAGAUGAGGAUGCUCAGCAGGUUGCCAACCUUAAAGAAGUUUGUAAAAAACAGACGAAAGAUAUUGAAAUGCUGGAGAGGCAGAUAGAAGAACUUCAGACUGCUAAUGGGAAAUUAUCCAAAUCAAAAAAGAAGCUUCAAUCUGAGGUAGAAGACCUAAACAUGGAACUUGAAAAUCAGAGGACUAAAGUUUCUGAACUAGAGAAAAAGCAACGAAAAUUUGCCCAGUUGCUUGCCAUAGAAAAAGCUGUAUCUAAGAGAAUUGCUCAGGAAAGAGAGGAGGCUGAAAGAAAAUCUAAAGAAAAAGAGACUAAAAUCCUAUCUUUAACCCGGGCAUAUAAAGAUAGCCAAGAUAAAAUGGGAGAACUUGAAAGGAGUAGAAAGCAGUUGCAAUUAGAACUGGAAGAACUUGUCAGUAGUCAAGGAACUGCUGAUAAAAAUGUUCACGAAUUAGAGAAGGCCAAGAGAGCUCUAGAAAGUCAGCUUGCUGAUCAGAAGGAUCAGUUUGAAUUACUGGAGGAUGAGAUGCAGUUGACAGAAGAUGCAAAAUUGAGACUUGAAGUAAAUAUGCAAGCUAUGAAGGCCCAGUUUGAGAGAGAUCUUCAAGCUAAAGAUGAGCAAGCAGAAGAAAAAAGAAGAGCUUUGCUGAAGCAGGUUAGAGAAUUAGAAAGUGAGUUAGAAGAUGAAAGGAAGCAGAGAACUGCUGCUAUUAGUGCUAGGAAAAAAGUUGAAGGUGAUUUAAAAGAUAUAGAACAACAGUUAGAAUUGGCAAACAGAGUAAAAGAAGAUGCUUUAAGGCAACUUAAAAAAUUACAGAGUCAACUGAAAGAUUAUCAGCGGGAUGCUGAAGCUGAUCAUGCAGCAAAAGAAGAAUUAAGUCUACAACUGAAAGAAGUUGAAAAGAAACUAAAGUUAAUGGAAGCUGAUAUGAUACAAGUACAAGAAGAUCUUGCAAAUUCAGAAAGGAUACGUCGAGCUGUGGAAGCUGAGAGGGAUGAAUUGCAGGAAGAAAUUAAUACAACAGUUUCUAGAGGGUCCCUUCUUCAAGAUGAAAAGCGACGGUUAGAAGCUCGUAUACAACAGCUUGAAGAAGAGUUAGAAGAAGAACAAAGUAAUUCAGAAAUAUUAAUGGAUAAGGCUCGCAAAGCUCAAGGACAGAUUGAGCAGUUAACGAAUGAUUUAGCAAGUGAAAGAUCUAAUUCUCAAAAACUUGAAAAUAACAGAAUGAUAUUGGAAAGACAGAACAAAGAGUUACGUGCCAAACUUCAAGACUUAGAAACUUCUCAGAGAACUAGAACAAAAGCUACAAUAGCUGCUCUGGAAGCUAAAGUUGCCCAGGUUGAAGAACAGUUGGAUAUGGAAACAAAAGAAAGACAGCUUCAAGCUAAAGCUAAUAGGAAACUAGAGAAAAGGUUAAAAGAAGUUUUGAUGCAACUAGAAGAUGAAAGGAGACAUACAGAUCAAUAUAAAGAACAGGUUGAAAAAAUGAAUGCUCGAGUUAAAGCUUUGAAGAGGCAACUUGAUGAAUCAGAGGAAGAAUGUUCAAGAGAGAAAGCUCAAAGAAGGAAAGCUCAGAGAGAAAUUGAAGACUUGAUCGAAGCUAAUGCUACCCUAAACCGUGAAGCAUCUUCCUUGAAAACAAAAAUGAGAAGAGGUGGUGCUAGUCUCCCUCCCUCUCGUUACUUGGCUACAAAACGAGGUUCACUGAGUUCUAGUACUGGUGAUGAUGGUCUGAUUCUUCCUGAUGAAACACUGAAUGAUGACAGCCAAGCUUAAAAAUGCCAAUUAUUGUACAUUUUUAUAAUUUCUGCAACCAUAUAUUGAUAUAAUUCUUGCAAAAGCAAUUGAAAACAUUCCGAUGCAAGAAUCUGAUCUGGGCAUGAUUCCUAAGUGAAAAUGAUCCUUAAAGAAUGUAUGCUGGUGCUGGAUUGUAAAUUGUGGUGCAUAUUUUAAGCACAGCACAAUAAUGCCAAUCAUUCAAAAAGUAUCCAUGCAAUACAUAAUGCAUUUAUUAACUAUGCAAUUUUGCCUAUGCAUUUAAAUAUUUUUACCUUUUGUAAGAAUAGUAGUAACUUUAUUUUUUGUCUAUGUUUCUUGUACUGUUGUUUUUAUAUAAGAAAAAGUUUAUAGCAAAAAGCAUUUAAAUGUGUAUAGUAUGAAAUGCUUAUUAUGUUAUUGUUUGCUACAUGUUUUUAUAGAUGCACUUUUUUCUUGUUAGAAGAGAUGUUUGCAAGGGUAGAAGUUACCACUUUAGUAAAGCUGUUAUUCCAUUAUCAAAAUCAUUUUAUAUAAGACAUGUUUAUAGUAGUUGCUACUGAAGUUGAAAUGUGUGGAUUGUAUAUGGAAGAAUGUAUGCAGUGUCGUACUUAGAUUUAUUUCUGUUAUGAAAUUAAUCAAUUAAUAAUACUGUGGACAGUAACAAUAGUGCAUCCAUUGAAAUUUUUUUUAAAAGCCAAAUCCAAUGACUGGUGUAUUUGAGACAAUCUAAGUAUUAAUAAAUUUCCUAAGGCAAUUGUAAAUAGCAAAAUUUUUUGCUGAAAAGUACAGAAAAUCUGGUUAUGUACUUAAAUAGUGAAACAGAUAGUUUUGUAGUGACAUUGGAAUAGUUCUAUAUGUUUGUUUUUAUACUUUUAUAUCAGACUUUUAUUUAUAAUAUCGCCACUAGUCACUUAUAACUUAGUCCUCUUUCUAGUUUACAAAAUUUUCCAAAUUCUUUGGGACCAAUAUGGAUCUUGAAUUUUAUGUUUCUGAAUAUAAAAAAUUAACUGGAUUUUUUUAAAAUCAUAGGAAAUUAUCUUUGUUUUUAGAAUAAGUUAUAAUGUGACGUGCAUUAUUUAAGCUUUUAGGUUUUGUUAUCAUAAUAAAAGUACAUUUUGAAAGAUUUCUGUAACAUGCAGAGAUAAAAACGAAAAAGAAAAAAGUGAAAGAACUGUUUUAGAUUGUAUAUUUAAGAUUUUGUCAUUUAAAAAUAAUUUAUAUAACUUUAUAAAAAUAAAUCUGUUUUUGCUUC